CAAUGGUAUCUCAAAAAAUCGGUUUGAUUGUAAUCAUAGUUUGUUCCCUUCUAGUUGCUGUUCUAUCUGAAGAACCAAGCUUAGAAGUUCAACUUGAGGCCUUGAAUGCUUUCAAGAAUUCCAUCACCAAUGACCCAUUUGGAGCACUUGCGGAUUGGACUGACAGUAACCACCACUGCAACUGGUCUGGUAUUGCUUGUGACCCUUCAAAUCAUGUCAUUUCAAUUUCUCUUAUUGAUAAGCAGCUUAAAGGUGAAAUCACACCAUUCCUUGGAAACCUUUCAAGCCUCCAGGUUCUUGAUUUAACUUCGAAUUCAUUUACAGGCCACAUUCCAGCUCAACUGGGACUUUGCUCCCAGCUCUCUGAGCUAACUCUUUAUGAAAAUUCUCUUUCAGGUCCUAUUCCACCAGAACUAGGAAACCUCAAAAAUCUGCAGUCAGUAGAUUUAGGUGAUAACUCUUUGAAUGGAAGCAUCCCCGAAAGCAUUUGUAACUGCACAUCAUUGUUAGCCUUUGGUGUCAUUUUUAACAAUCUAACUGGAAGAAUCCCUCCAAACAUAGGCAAUUUAGCUAACCUUCAACUCUUUUUAGUAUAUGGGAACAAGUUGGUUGGUUCUAUACCUAUAUCCAUUGGUAGGUUGGAAUCUUUACAAGCUUUAGACCUGAGUCAAAACCAAUUCUCUGGAGUAAUUCCUCCACAGAUAGGAAACUUAUCAAAUUUAGAGUAUCUUCUCUUGUUUGAAAAUUCCUUUCUUGGGAAAAUUCCAUCUGAACUAGGUCGCUGUAAACAGCUUGUUGCUCUUGAACUAUACACCAAUCAGUUCACUGGAGGCAUUCCACUUGAGAUUGGAAAUUUAUAUCAUCUACAAACAUUGCGUUUGUACAAGAAUAAGUUAAAUUCUACCAUUCCUGCCUCCAUAUUUCAAUUGAAAUCAUUAACCCAUUUAGGACUUUCGGAGAAUGAAUUAACUGGAAUAAUACCCUUUGAGCUAGGAUCAUUGAGAUCAUUGGAAGUGUUGACCCUGCAUUCAAAUAAGUUCUCUGGGGAGGUUCCUUCGUCAUUGACGAACUUGACAAAUUUAACUCAGUUGUCUAUGAGCUUCAAUUUCCUCACAGGGAAGCUUCCAUCAGAUAUUGGAUUGCUUUACAACUUGAAGAACCUAACCAUGAACAACAAUCUCCUUGAGGGAGCCAUUCCGUCUAGUAUCACCAACUGCACCCAUCUUCUUGUCAUAGGUUUAUCUCGUAACAGAAUAGCAGGGAAAAUUCCUCAGGGUUUUCAGCAUUUGCAAAAUCUUACUUUCCUGAGUCUUUCAUACAAUAAAAUGGUAGGUGAAAUCCCAGAUGACCUCUUCAAUUGCUCCAAUCUUCGUAUUUUAGAUUUGACUAGGAACUUUUUUAGUGGGCCAAUAAAGUCUGGCAUUGGCAAACUUUCUAAUCUCCAGAUUUUGCGAGCCCAUUCUAAUUCAUUCAUAGGGCCAAUACCACCUGACACUGGCAAUUUAAGUAAACUUUUUUCUUUAUCACUUGGUCAAAAUAGUUUGUCAGGUCUAGUUCCACCAGAAUUAUCUAAACUCUCUCUUCUCCAAGGGCUCUAUCUGAAUGACAAUGAUCUAGAGGGUGCAAUACCUGAGAAUUUUUUUGAAAUGAAACAGCUAAACGAACUUGGGUUGCAGAAUAAUAAGUUCAAGGGUCCAAUUCCAGAUGCAAUUUCUAAGCUUGAGCAGCUUUCUUACUUAAACCUCCAUGGCAACAUGCUUAACGGGUCCAUUCUGAGAAGCAUGGGGCAUCUUAAUCAACUUAUGAUCUUGGAUCUCUCCCACAAUUAUCUUACAGGAUCAAUACCUGCAUCGGUGCUUGCAAGUAUGAAAAGAAUGCAGUUAUAUUUGAACUUCUCAUACAAUUUCUUGGUUGGAACUAUUCCAGAUGAGCUUGGGAUGUUGGAAAUGGUUCAAGCCAUAGACAUCUCAAACAAUAAUCUUUCGGGGACCAUUCCUAAAACACUUGGUGGCUGCAAAAAUUUGUUCUCUCUUGAUUCAUCAGGGAAUAAUCUUUCUGGUCCAAUUCCGGCUGAAGAAUUUACUCAAAUGGUUAUGCUUACUAGCUUGAACCUUUCAAGGAACAAGUUAGAUGGUGGACUCCCUGAAGACCUGGCAGCUCUGAAGUACCUUAGCUCUCUUGACCUUUCUCAGAAUCAGUUGAAGGGCAUCAUCCCUGAAAGCUUUGCCAAUCUCUCUAACUUGAAACAUCUAAACCUUUCUUUCAAUCAACUUGAAGGCCAUGUUCCAGAGAUUGGAAUAUUUAGACAUAUUAACUCAUCUAGUUUGAUGGGAAACCCUCAUCUGUGUGGUAUUGAAUUCCUCAGGUCCUGCAGCAAAUUGAGCUCACGUCAACUAUCCAAGAAGACUGUGUUGAUUCUUGUGGUGAUUGGAUCUAUUUUUGUGCUUUUAGUUCUUGUGUUUGUAUUUAUAAUCCUCCACCAACGUACAAAGUUAAGAAAACCAGAAGGGGUUGAGAAUCCAGAAUCAGAAUAUACUCCAGCAUUGACCCUCAAGAGGUUUGUACCAUACGAAUUAGAACAUGCUACUAGCUUCUUUAGCGAAGAUAACAUUAUUGGUGCAAGCAGUUUGAGCACUGUGUACAAGGGUAGACUGGAAGAUGGGCAGAUCAUAGCAGUAAAAAAGUUGAAUUUGCAUCAGUUCUCUGAAGAGGCCGAUAAGUGCUUUGAUAGGGAGAUCAACACCCUAAAACAACUGAGGCAUAGGAAUUUGGUGAAGGUUCUAGGUUAUGCCUGGGAGAGUGGAAAACUAAAGGCUUUAGUUCUGGAAUACAUGGAGAACGGGAAUUUGGAUAGCAUUAUACAUGACCUUGAGGUGGAUCAGUCAAGGUGGACAUUAUCUGAGCGGAUCAAAGUUUUCAUUUCCAUUGCGACUGGGUUGGAUUACCUGCAUUCAGGUUAUGAUUUUCCUAUCGUUCACUGUGACAUGAAGCCUUCUAACAUUCUUCUGGAUGAAGAUUGGGAAGCCCAUGUAAGUGACUUUGGAACAGCUCGAAUGCUAGGUGUUCAUCUUCAAGACGGAAGAAGUUUGUCUGCAUCAUUAGCAUUUGAAGGCACUAUUGGCUACUUGGCACCAGAGUUUGCAUAUAUGACGAAAGUCACAACUAAAGUUGACAUAUUCAGCUAUGGUAUCAUAGUCAUGGAAUUUCUCACUAAACGAAGGCCAACAGGACUAAUAGAAGAGGAUGGGUUGCCAAUCAGUUUGCGUCAACUUGUGGAGAAAGCUCUUGCAAAUGGAGAGAACGAUCUUCAUCGAAUUGUGGAUCCUAUGCUGGCGCUGAGUAUCUCCAAGGAUCAUGAGGAAUUACUGAAAGAGCUACUUAAGAUAGCAUUGCUUUGCACACAACCAAAUCCUGAGGAUCGACCUGACAUAAACAAGGUGCUGUCUAUCCUUUUGAAGCUAAGCAAGCGCAUAUAGUACCAAAACCAAUGCUGUUUUCCCCACUGAAGAUUAUGGCAUGAGUUAGGCUCAAACAAUGAUGCUCCCAGUAGAGAAGGCAAAAAGGUCUGCAGACUGAAUUCAUCAUUGGCCAUUAUGACUAUAUUGGCAUGAAAGCUUUAUCUUUGCAUUUAGUAUUUUGAUUUUAUUGAAAACCCACUUAAUGUUCUAAAAUAAAAGAGGAUAUGUAAAACCCUGAAGCAUGAUUAAGCAUUUAGUAGUAAUAAAAAAUUUCCCACUUCUUUAUUAAUUAGUGAUUUAUGCCAAAUCAAUUUAUAACAUCUAUAACAUCAUGAACAGAACAAACAAAAGAGAAAACUAAAUACACUAACAGAAAUAUAUACAAUAAUCACCAUCAUCAAUAAUGCAAAUGCUAGAAAUAUUGCAUAAACUAAAAGGGUUCUAAAAGGCAAUGCAAUAUGCAUACAUGGGUACCUAUCCCAAGUGUUUUGACACUUUUUGGAGGCAUAUGAUAUGCUGGGGUGCCUUAAUCUGUAGGAGG